AUGACAGACGACAAACUACCCAUCAAGAAAUCGGGAGCCUUAAACUGCGAUGCAGGGAAAGCGCGCUUCGACAUAGGGUUCGGAAAAUUGCAGCCGUUGUCCGGCUGCGUCGAGAAAGCAAGUUCAGAGGCUCCAGAUACUGAGGAGCCAAGCAACACUAUCAACGAGAAACGACUCCUACGACGUAUUGAUCUCACUAUAAUCCCUUGGCUGGCCAUUCUGUACAUGCUGUGCUUUCUGGACAGGUCGAAUAUCGGAAAUGCGCGCCUUUACAGUUUAGAGGCAGACCUCCGUAUAUCGGAUGCCCAGUAUCUGAUUUGUCUUUCGUUGUUCUAUGUGCCAUACGUUCUCUGUGAGGUGCCUGCAAAUAUGUGCCUUAAACACACGAGACCGUCAAUUUGGCUACCGAUAAUAAUGCUUCUAUGGGGCAUUACCAUGACGAUGCAGGGUCUUGUCCAUGACUACGGGAGUUUGCUAACAACCCGAAUCUUCCUCGGUAUCUUCGAGGCUGGUUUCUAUCCUGGUGUUGCAUUUUAUAUGUCUUGCUGGUAUAGACGUGACGAAUUCGGACUUCGUUUCGCGAUUUUUUACACCGGGACUUCCAUUGCGGGUGCAUUCAAUGGCUUUUUCGCUGCGGCAAUUUCAAAUAUGGACGGCGUCGGAGGGAAACCUGUCUGGGCCUGGAUAUUCAUUCUGGAAGGCCUUAUCACUGUCAUGGCGUCUAUUACGUCGUUCAUUAUCAUCCAAGACUACCCCUCUGCAGCUCGCUUCCUUUCCGAACAGGAGCGUGUUUACAUUGUUCACCGUCUACAAGCAGGUGAUCAAUUCUCCGUCUCCGAAGAACAGCUGAGAUGGCAUGAUGUUCGGAGUGCUUUUACAGAUUGGAAGACGUGGCUUGGAGGGCUCAUCAAUGGUGGCGCAGCUGCUGCAAACUAUAAUAUUGCUUUCUUUCUUCCGACAAUUAUUUCGCAGUUAGGCUUCACGGCAAAUAAAGCAAAUUUACUCACUGUGCCUGUGCACCUUGUAGCUGCUGCUGUUUCGUGUCUCGUUAACUAUUCUGCCGACCGCUUCAGAAUACGUGGUCCUGUUUCUAUUGGGCUGUUCGUCUUUGGUACGACGUUAAUAGGUUGUCUUAUGCAGAUGCUGUCCAGAAAUGCGGCUCUCUCAUACUUUGCAACAUACAUGAUUGCGUUGUACGAGCAUAUAAUACCAUGGUCAUCAAACAAUAUCCAUAACUCGUACAAGCGCAGUAUUUCCGUUGCAAUCAUAGUAUCGAUGUACUUUCGCGAGCAGGACGCUCCUCGGUACACCCUCGGAAACUCUUUUUCCGUGGCUGCUACUGUAGUUGGUCUCGUCAGUUCGAUAUCUCUCCACGUUUUAUUGCGCGGAGAAAAUGGACGUCGUGAUCGUGGAGAACGCGAUGAAGUCAUUGGAGACGCUGUAGACGGUUAUGGUGAUAUACGGAAUGGUCGGUACGACAGCGUCGAAGCGGCGAAGAGAGAUAAAGGAGAUGAAUGGAGCGGAUUUAGAUAUAUGACGUGACAGUCUUUGAA